AUUAAUAUUUGGAUCCAAAGUAUGGUGAAAUUCAAAUGGGGACUUGAACUUUAAUGCAAGACGCUAAUGCGAAUAUAGGUUGUUAACUCGUAAAACGUAACAACGAGACUUCGAUAUAAGGAAAGAGCAAUACGUGACACUUUUCGUGUCAAGCCACGGGUGGGAUGCUAUCACGAUUGCUAUAUGUGACCUGAGGACAAGCGAAUACCUGCAACGAUACUAGGCUUCUUAAUUGCUAUUCUACUUGGGAGCCACCUCACAUCUAAUAUCUAGUCCUCUCAAGGUGGGACGGUGGGAGCCAUUCAUUGUUGCCUUUCUUACCAAAAGGACAGACAAGAAAAGCAAAAGUCAGGUAAAAGAAAUGGUUAGCACUCGUGGACUACUUGGUUACCUUCAUUUUCAUCAAGGCAGGGAAGCCGGAUAUGAAUAAGAUUGAGCAGUUUUCCUAAACGUUAGUUUUGUGUGGCUCUCUUUUCUUAUCCCCUGCGCACACUUAUUGGUCCUCCCAUGAACGCUUUGUAUUAUAUAUUGCAUGCAUUAUCUCCUUCGCUCCUAUUAGUAGUCUUUAAAUUUCGAUGUUAUGGACCAUUCGAAACAAGAAAAUGCCUCGCCAGAAGACCAUGAUCUGGAGUUAAAGCUUCCGCACUUAGUAUUUACGAAAACAGUUCGCGAACUCUAUUCAAAGGUUGUGAAUGAGUGGGAUUCCCUCAAAAAGUCUGCAUGCCAAACGGCAGCUGGAAGAGCCCUGUGGAAGCAUGUGAUUCAUGACCCUCUUGCAGAUGUACUUGCAGGAGAAACAUACCUAAGAAACCUUCACGAGAAGAUUAAGAAAGAUCGCCACAACAAUGCUCGAGAAAUUUCGGGAGUGAUUCUGGCUGUUCGAACCCUUUGGUUUGAUUCAAAAAUUGAAGCUGCUCUUGAUUCCUUUGGUGGUGCAGCUCAAGUUGUUCUCCUUGGCGCAGGAAUGGACGCAAGGGCAUAUCGUUUAAACUGCUUGAAGGAAAGUGAUGUCUUUGAAGUAGACUUUCCUGAAGUCCUGCAUGUAAAAGCUGCCCUUCUUCAGGCAGCUCUGGAGUCCACAGAACAUCUUAGGUUGAUGGCAAAAUCCUUAACGAGAGUAGCAGCUGACAUUAGAGAGAAUGACUGGCUUGAAAAGCUUCAGAUAUCUGGGUUUGUGCCAGAAAAAAAUACAGUAUGGGUUCUAGAAGGUAUCAUCUACUACCUCUCAAAUUCUCAAGCCAUGCAAGUACUGAAGAUCGUAGCUGACAAGUGUACCCUCACCCAUACAGUUCUCUUAGCAGACUUCAUGAAUAAAGCAUCAACAACACUCUCCAGUUCUAUCUUCCACUUCUAUAGUGAUUGGCCUGAUAAUCUUCUGCCAUCUCUUGGAUUUGCUAAUGUUAAGCUUUCACAAAUCGGUGACCCAGAUGCUCAUUUCGGGCUCAUGCAUGAUCCAUUGAAUUUGUUCAAUAAGCUUCGCAACUUACCAAGGUCAAUAGAAAUCAACCCGGACGAUGGAACACCAUGCCGUCGCUUAUAUUUGGUGCAGGCUUCUGGUUCACCGAAUCAAACAAUUUCCUUAAGCAGCAUCCCAAUGUAGUAUAUAGAGAUCAUAUGCGCAAACAUACUAGUAGCUAUAAUGUAGAUGCAGGAAUCAUUAUUUUUAGUGUUGCUCAUGGAAUAUAAAAUUCAAUUAAACACAAGCAGCAACAUGACUUUCAAGCAGUAUAAUGAUUCUUUAAAUUUUAUAAGCAUAUAAUAUCACAUAGUAGUUG